GCCAGAAACCUUAUCUGAUGUGAAGAGGAAGUAGGCAUGGCCUGUUUGAUAAUGAGCAGAGCCGUCGUUCAUCAUUCACUAGCUGUCUAACGGCCAACACAGGAAGACAAGUCGAGACCUCAUAGUAAACAAAGCAGCUUUGAUCGACACCAUGAAGAUCGCAUCUUUUAACAUCAGACGGCUGGGUCCCAGCAAGCUGUCGGACAAAAACAUUGUGAAAUAUCUCAUUAAGAUCUUCUCCCGGUACAGUGUAAUCAUUAUGCUGGAGGUCGUGGACAAAUCGGGAAAAUCCAUAGUCAAAUUCCUGGAGGAGCUCAACAGCACCGGUGCGAAUAAGAAACGUCCCUUCACUAUGGUGGGAAGCUCCCGGCUGGGACGGACUCUUUAUAAGGAGCAGUUUGUCUGUUUUUACAGAGAAGACGAGGCUGAACUGGUUGACACUUACCAAUAUGAAGACAAUCAAGAGGGCGAUGAAGACGCUUUCUCUCGAGAGCCGUUCAUUCUGCGUUUCAAGUGUAAACACACAGUGCUGAAAGAUUUGGUGCUGAUUCCUGUUCACACAAAACCUAAAGACUCACAGAAGGAACUGGAUGAACUAUAUGAUGUGUUUCUGCACGUUAAGGAUAAAUGGGAAACGGAUAACGUCAUGAUCCUUGGCGACUUCAAUGCAGACGGCGCCUACGUCUCCAAGAAGAAGAUGAAGGCCAUCCGAAUCCGCAGUGAUCCCGAUUUCCACUGGCUGAUCGAUGACGAUGUUGACACCACAGUCAUACAGUCCAAUGACCACACCUACGACAGAAUUGUGGUGUAUAAAGAAGACAUGCUACAAGCUGUUGUGCCAAAAUCUGCCAAGCCUUUUAACUUCCAGGAAGCCUACAAACUUUCAGAGGAAAUGGCCCUGGAGAUCAGUGAUCAUUAUCCAGUGGAAGUGAGUCUGAAGAAGAAGUCUGCGGCUAAGCCUAGCGCCAAAACUAAAACUAAGACCUCCAAAACCAAAACAAAGAAAUGAAAAGCAUGAUGGGUUUUGCCACUGCACUACCGUAUGGGAUCUGAAA